AGAGUAGGACAGUAUGCAGGAAUAAUUGUGAGUUGUGUGUUAGUAGAAUAAAUAAAUAAAUAGAUAAAUGUGUCUACUCAAGAAACACACAUACACAGGUACACACAGACACAGAGACACACACACAAAUAUGAAUAUAUUCCAGUUAGUGAGUUAGUUAGUUAUAGACAGGAGAGGAGGAUGUGGAGGUGGGCAAAUUUUUAUUCAAUGCGCGCUAUUAGAUUCUUCUCCUUCUUCUUGCUCUUCUUUUUGCUGUUGUUUUCAAGUCAGUUCUCAUAAAGGUUAGUAGCAAUUGUAAUAUAUUCUUCCUAUUUUGCUAGUCCUUAUUUACAAUUCUGCAAAAAAUAUUUGAGAAAUAUCGAUCAAGAGUAAAACAAAAGCAGAAAGAUGGUAAUAUUAACUUCUUAAAAAUACAAAAACAAGGCAGCAUGCUGCAUUGGGAGUAUUCUAGAAACAGAUGACAUCUACGUUUAUUCAAUGUGAUGUAAUAUGUAGUCGAAUACGCGUUUCUUUCUUCAUUGAAGGAUCAAUAACCUGUAUUGAGUCAUUACAACUUGACACACACACACACACAAUGCCAACAAUAAAGACAACUGGAGUUUUGAAGGAUAAUUGUGCUUAAAUUAAAAUAUUACAUCAUAGAACUUCAAUAUUGAUAAUAAUGGGAACUGUACUUUCAGCUCUGUCUACCGAUGAAUCCGUACAAUAUUCUUUUGCUACACCAAGACGAACAACACUGAAUGAUUCUCAUAGAAGAAAAGACUUUAAAUAUUCACUUGCACACAAUACAACUGGUUAUCAAUACAAUAAUCUGUGUGAAUCAACACAGAAACAAGCGAACAAUAGUAAUAAACAGCCUAUUAAAACAACUUUAUUGAUUCCAAAGUCUUAUGAAUUGAUAUCCGAUGCUAAUACUACUACUAAUAAUAAUAAUAAUAACAGUCAUAAUGAUAGCACCUUCAUAGAGUCAAAUAAAUCUAUCAAUUCAGGGAGUAAUAACAUGUUCAGUUUGAAACGUUUAAUCAUUUCAAGUCUGUCACGUAAAACAAAAGUUGCUGAUAGUUGUAAUGGUAUCCUACCGAGUAUGCAAAUGACAAAUGAACGAUUACAACGAUUAUCUAUAGCCUCGGAUCGAAGUAAUCCUAUGGAUUCAGGGGAUCAUCAGAUGGAAUGUAGAAGAUAUUUGGGAAAUUCAACAAGUCGGUCAACAAUUGAAAUUCCUAUCUAUUAUUAUCAGCAGCAAGAACAACAGCGGCAUCACCAACAACAACAGACUCCACAACAAUUCCAUUACUCUGGUAGUGAUGGAGAUGGUGAUGAUUCCACGAAAAUCUCGAUGCCUACUGGUUUAAGACCAAUCCCUUAUACACAAACUUCCGGUAUAUCAUCACAAAAUCCUUAUUGGUUUAAUUCAAAUGAUGUUAUGACUGACAGCAUAACUCGUGAAUAUCAAACCUUUUCUUCGUCUGGACAAAAAUCACUCACUAACUUCAAUACCUCAUUCAUUCAACAAAAAGAUUCAACACAUCUGCCAGAGGAGUAUUAUGGACAACGUAGACAAUUAUCUGAACCAAAUUCUCGACUAAAACAUCGUUAUUCACAUUGUUUAUCAAGAGAUAUCAAUGGAAAAUGUUGUCCUACACACCAUAAUCCACAAUAUUAUCAUCAACCUCGUCGUCAUGACAACAACAUUACUACUAAAAUGAAUAUAACUGGUGGUCAUUUCAGUACUACAGUCUCUUAUACUCCAAGUCUUAUUGAUUUAAGAUGUCCAACAAAGUUUAAAUCUUUGCAUAGAAAAGAUUCUAAUGAACAAUUAUGUGUAAAUAGUUCGCCGUAUUCUUUUAUUGAUAAUAAUAAUAAUAGUAAUAAUAAUAAGGAGGGGCAAAACUUUCAGAAUAGUAAUUACGCAUAUCCCCCAGCGACACUGAAUGUAUGCGAGGCCGGAACAAUGCCUAGUCAUCAAGGCCACCAUGAUAAAUCAUCACCAAUGGAUCCAUAUUAUCCACAAUACCAUGUACAACCUUAUCCAAUUUAUCAAUAUGCCCAUGAACAACAACGUUAUCAAAAUCCCAGUAAUCAUAAUACUGGCAAUGAUAAUCCCCCAUGGAAUCGAAAGGACAUCUCUCCAGGAGCACGUAGUUGUAGCACUUAUGAUAUACCAUUCCCUGUUUAUUAUAAUUAUGACAAUCACAGAAUGAGAGGGAAUUCUACCUUGUCAGUCGAAAAAGAGCAUAUUUUACCGCUUCCUGUUAGCUUAUGUCCUUCUUCUACUUCAAUAAUAACUGGCACUACGACGACUAAUUCAAAUCGUCUACAGUCUGGUUGUGUAAGUGAGCGGUUAACACCUGAUUUAUUGGAUAUACCUAACACUAAUAACAAUGACAACAACAAUGGAAUGGGGAAUGGGAAUACCAUUCAUGGAAAAUAUAUUCAAUUAUCAAGUAAAUUUGGUAGACGUUUAACUGAAUUCGGUGAGGAUUUAAUCUGUCCUGAAUCGCCUAUACAUGUACAACGAAAAACAGGAAUUAUAGGAUUUGAUAAAUAUCGAAGUAUAACAAAAUCAAUAUCAUGUUAUGCUUUAAAACUUUUCAGUCAUCAUAGUAAUACUGUUGCUACCACGAAUAAUACUAAUAAUAAUACUAAUAAUUCAUGUCAACAAAAGUGUAAAAAACUUUCUGUUGAAUCAACAGGUUUAACAAAAUCUUCUUUUCGAACAAAUGAUAUAGUCUAUGAUAGGAAAAUGUUUAAACAACGCGCUGAAAGAAAAACAAGUGAUCGCAUAAAACGCAACUCUUCACAACGUGAUAUUGGAACAUUGAAAGGAUAUCAUCAACAGAUGAAUGAAAGUAGCCUGAUGCCGGUGGACACACUGACAUCAACAAAUAAAACAAGUAUGAGCAAUAGUAAUUCAACUAUACAAUAUCGAAAUAGUGAUGCUCAAUCAACUGAUCGUGUUAAAUGUUUCAAUUAUCGAAAAGCAAUCAGUAAAACUAGUGGAAUUUAUGGAUUAUUUGAAAAUUUAAAAUCUGAUCAUAAAAUCGAUAAAAAUUCAAAUAUAAUGUAUUUUAGAAAUUGUGGUCAUAAUGAAAGAUAUUAUUAUGAAUUGAAUAAUUCUAUGAUGAAUGCAACAAUUGCGGUGACGGGUAAUACAGCAACUUCUACGACAGCAACAACUACACCAGCGGCAACAACAACAACGUCAACAACCACAACAGGGACCACGAUAACAUCGAAUAUGUGUAAUUUCUUUCGACAGCCAAUAUUCAAAGCGAGUACAGCUAAAUUUAACCGACAAUUCAAAACGUUUGCAUAAUUCAAAUUCAAAUUUGCAUAACAUUCAACCAUCAAUUAUUGUUGCAUGGAUACGAUCAAUUGAUCGUGCUCUUAUCUUACAAGGUUGGUCUGAAGUAGCUUUUAUCAAUCCUACACAUAUUGUCUUUUUAUAUAUGAUGUUAAAAACAUUUAUUGAAAAUGAUCAUAAUAUUCAUACUGAACGAGAAUUACACACAAUUAUUAUGGCUUGUCUUUAUUUAGCCUAUUCAUAUAUUGGUAAUGAGAUUAGUUACCCGCUAAGACCAUUCCUUAUCGCUGAAGCCAAUCAGUUGAUAUCUCAUUCAGAUAGUAAUACUAAAAAGUCUUUAUUGAAUACAACAGAGCAUGGUAUAACCUCAGGUUCAGGGACAGGAGGAGGAACAGGAGCAACGACAGGCACCAGCAUUGAAAGUUGUUUAAAAUCUAAAGUUAUCGAUGAAGUACGUAAUCGUUUUUGGCAAUAUGUAAUACGUGUUGUUAAUGAGAAAUCUUCAGAUAUGCUACGUAUUAACGCUGAUCCAAUGUUAUUUACACAAAUGUUUAAAGAAUUAACCUCUUAUGAGAGUAUAUUUAUCCCAAUGAAAUUACCCGCUGUGAAUCGUAUUCAUAAACAAUGACAUAAUACACUGUAUAUGUAUAUUAAAAAAACAGAGAUAACUGUGAUCAGCGCCGUAUUCUAGCUAAAAGACGCACACAUGUAUUCUUCACAGACUUACUCAAGAUUCUACACAUGUAUGCCCAUGGGAGGUAAAUACCUACCCAGUUGCUUUACACACAGACGCACAAUUGCUUACUAAGAGAGUAAUAAGUAGUCAGAUAAUAUUUAGUGUAAAACGAUGUAGUCUAUUAAAUAAAAACACAAAUAUACCCCCUCCCCCAUCCCCUAUCCCGCCACACACACACACCGACAGUGUUCAGGUCUUUCAGCAAUCUUAACUAUCUGUGAAAUAAAAAUAUAAAUCAAUAAAUGCUAUUUGUUCACCAUUUUCCUAGUAUUUUAUUCUACUAUUUUUUCGUUUCUACUUAUAUUUUACUCUUCUCAUUGUAUUGUCCAAUAUAUUGAUUGUCAACUGCAUGGCUUCGCUUUUCGAGCAUUUCAGUAACUAGUCAUGAAAAAAGAGAGACUAGUUAGUUAGUUCUUCAAGACAUUGAACUUCUAUUGCACAGAGUUUACUUUUUUGACAUUUUUGUUUACUCUUCCUUAUCGCUACAUUUCCAAAUUUUAGUACAUUUUACAAUCAGAGGACGAAUCCUAGAGCGAUUACAAAAAAAAAUUUAGUAGUAAUUUAAAAAUACAAUUGCUUAUUUUUCAUUUUGUAUUUCUUUCCUUAUUUGUGAAAGGGAAGCAAAACCUUUUCAUCUCACUAACACUACCUCAACACACAUAACAACAACGACAACAAGAGCAACACUAAUCUGAGAUUAACCGUGAUAUUUGUUGGAAUACAGACGUUGCAUAUUACAAAUAUUACAAAGCUUAGAGAUAAUUUAAUUUCGUUUUGAUUUGUUUUUCUUUUUUUUGGUUUCUUUUCUGAAUCUUCUUCUUUUUGCCCGUCUGAUUUUGAUCUGAUUUCAUCUUAUUUUCUAAUAUAAUAUAUGUGUGUGUAUAUGUAAAUUAAAUUGACCUGUCUCUCUGUCUAUCUAUCCAUCCGUUUGCCCGACUGUCUGCCUGUCUAUCUAACGAUUUUUAUCGAGUUAUCGAUUUUAUCGAGUUGUCCUUGAUGUUGACGUAGAUAAACACACAACAUUGACAACUUGAACACACACACAUUGUGAUCACAUUUAACACUUGUUAUUAUUAUUACUAUUGUUAUUACACAUAUUUAUAAAAUAAAAAUGCUUCACAUUCAAACAAAUUGUUACAGAAAAAAAUAUUCAAUGUUGUUUUACUAUUUCAUACUAUAUUGAUUUUACAAAACGCGAAUUAUUACAGCUGUUAGGAAUGAAAGGUGAGCUACAUUGUUUUGCUUCACUAAUAAUAUUAUUGCUGCUUUGGGUUCCUAGUAGAACAUAGGGCUUGAACUGCAAGUCUCCACUUGCCACUUCUGUCUUCCUUCUGUCGUACUUUUCACCUGCGUCCAUCCAUGUUAGUCCAAACUGUUUCAACUAACUCCUCUUCACACGAUCUCCUCCAUGUCACCCUUGCACUGACGUCCCACUCGCCGCGUGCUUCCCUUUCGGGUCCCACUCGAGGGCUUGACGCGCGAUGUCACCCAGCGGUCUCCCCAGCGAGUGAAUGUCCAAUCCAUCUCCAUCCACUUUCUCCUCCAUAUUUGUUGGCCGACUGACUAGUUCUUCUUUUGUUUGUUCCCACAGUCUCUUGUUGGUGAUCUUCAGUAUAGAUCCAGCGAAGACAGUUGUUGGUUGAUGAAGGUAACGUCUGCAACAGGCUGUUGGAAAUAUUCUUUGUGACCCGCCCGCUCGCCAAGUUUUUGAUCCGUAUAGAAGAACUGACUGACUUGACCACGUUUGUAUUUAAAAUCCGACCGAAUUUUGUUGUUUAUGCUGGCUGAGUGACGAAGAUUUCCGGAUUGAUUUCAGGUUGAUGAAUGUGUUUCUCGAUCGCUUUCCGAUUCCCCCUCGAUUUGACAUCCUCGUCCGUUCCGACUUCCUGUAGUUGAGACAAUGCUCAAUGCUAGAUAAGUGAGUGAAUGAAGUGACCUCUUUCAAAUCCCUUCCGUUGAUGGUGAUUGACCCUGGAUGUUGCUGUUGGUUAUUUUUUGUUGUUGGUUGGUUUUUAUCAUAACCUCCGUCUUGUCUAUGUUCACAUGGAGUCCUGUCUUCUCUGACUGCUUCUUCGGCCAGUUUGUCGGUUUUCGCUUCUAAGUCUUCGAUUUUGUGUGUGUGCUGAGUACACCAGUUUUCUUCGUGUUAAAUACUAUGAAAUACACUGUUUGCAUUUGCGAAUUACCAUAUAUUAUCUUUAAUAGGCAUUUAUUUGAAUUACUUCAGAGUUCUUAUUAGUCUGUAGCAGUAAAUGUUGCUUCCAUAGUGAUAUCUAGGCCCUGUGUCUUAAGGUAAGAUUCAACUUUAGACAACUGAAGAGGCAUGAAAGCCGCGGUGACCCUAGAAAUAGCAGUCACGCUAAAGGGUAAAUCUGGUCCCCUAAUUUAACUCGUUAACUUGGAUCUAUCCCUAGUCAAUCCUAAUAUCUCCCUAAUUAGGUUAACCAAACCCCAACUUAUGCCUAGCUCAGACCUAAACUUAAUAUUUCCUAAACCUUUCCUGAAAUUAACCUGGUAUCCUGUCUAAUAUAGCAACAUUCCAUUCAAAACUUUCCGCAUGAACAUGGUGGUAUUUCAUUCAUUCGAUUUAAAAAUGAAGUGGCAGAACAAGGCUUAUCAAU